AUGACCCAAUAUGAGCUUUCAGAGAAUUUGGACGGCCCCACCCUUUUCCAGCCAGAGGCUGGAAAAGAUAAAAUAGAAGCCCAACUAAUUCGCUAUUCUGGCGAAAAGUACUUGAUGAAUUUUCCAACUCUAGAUGAAAUAGUUAGAGAAAAUGGUGAUGAGGGAUUGUCUGCAAUUCUUGAAAAUGAAAUAGCAAAUCAUCGUAAUAUUCUAUUUAUGGCCAUUGAGAAUGAAGA